AUGAAGUCUACGACUGCAGUUAUCGCGACUGUCCUUGGUGCCAGCCUUGGCAAUGCAGGAUCCUCCCAUUCUACGCGUAUCCCGACAGCCCUCGAAGGGCACAUUCGCACUCCUCCUAACCAGGACUGCCCUCACGCAGUACAAUGGACUAGCCCCGGUCGAGAUUAUGUUCAAAGGUUACCCAGAUGGUUCAUUAAGUGGACCACCAACCAGGUUUACCAAGCCUUGUUCAGUGACUACGAGCAGUCCUACAUUCGAGAGACAAGCGGCCAAAUCUUGGAUGUAGGCAGCUUUUUCAACUUGACUCUGCCGGCGGGAUCUGCUAUCCAAAGCAUUGCGGGGAUAAACACGCCCAUAUUGAAUGACGAUAACAGCUACCAGUUGUCCAUUAACAACAGUCCAUCUGGUAACACAUUUUCCGUCUUUGGGUAUGGAUACGACUCAUUUGGGGCUUGGGCUCUCGUUUCUGAGACGCCAUACACGACACCCGCCAUUCCGGGCGGCUUUGAUAUCCUUUCCGCAUCAUUGGAUGGCCCUGAAAAUGCCACUGUUUCACUGAUCCGCGAAGCUGUUCAAGCUCUGAACUGUGACGUUCUGACUGGAUUUCUUCAAACUCUUAACACCUUGAAGACUGAUGACGCUCGCAAGGGUGACCCGCCAUUCCAGUGCGAUGCCAACUGCAUUGCAAAUAUACCGCCUCAGUAA